AUGGCGUCGUCUCCUUACAAUACCCGACGGGGGUACCAGAGUGUACAACCCAAUCAACAUGGCUUGGAAUACCCCUGGACUCCUGUCAACAAUACUUCGCCUGUCUUCUCAAACCCAGGACAAAGCGUUUCACCUUCCCUUCGUAGGGCAGUGCCUGCCCAGGUUCCAUCCACUCCAAUUAGACCCAACGGUCCUCAGAUCAUUUAUUCGCCGACCUAUGGAGCAGCUCCCACGUCAUGGGGGGUUAACGCCACUCCAGUAGCUUAUCCCGAGCCCAUGGUCAGUCCCCAGAAUGUCUCAUGGGCAGACUGGGGCCAUUCGUCCCAGGGCAGUCCCCCGCCACAGGGCAGCCUACAGCCAGCUCUCUCAUUCAACGCUGUAGCGACAUUGCCAAAUACUGGCUUUGACGAUCCAACCCCCACAGGAGGCGAAGAUGGCCAUGGAUGCAGCCAUGCUAGCCACGCCGAGUACGUCAUGUGA